UCCGUCGUCUAGUUAGGGCGGCGUGUGGAGACAGCAGGACUGCUGCAUUGUUGUGACGUGAGAAUAUGGCUACGAAGAAAGCUCCAUCGGCAGCGACUUCAUCAGUCGCGGCAGAACGCUGCUUCCCUCCGGGCUUCAUGUUAGGAGCCGCCACUGCCGCCUACCAGGUAGAAGGCGGCUGGAAUGCAGACGGGAAAGGUGAGAACAGCUGGGACCGAAUAACGCACACCCAUCCAGAGCUGGUCACAGAUGGUAGCAAUGGUGACAUCGCGUGUGAUUCAUACCACCGGUACAAAGAAGACGUGAAGGCCAUCAAAGAGAUGGGGAUGGAUUUCUAUCGUUUCUCCAUCAGCUGGGCACGUAUUUUACCUGAUGGAACCGCCAGUAACGUGAACGACAAAGGAAUUGAUUACUAUAGGACGAUGAUGACAGAACUCUUAGAUAAUGGGAUUCAGCCUAUGGUAACGAUGUUUCACUGGGAUCUUCCGCAACCACUGCAAGAGAUGGGAGGUUGGAUGAACCCUCUUAUGGCAGACUUCUUUGAGGACUAUGCAAGAGUACUUUUUUCACAGUUCGGAGAUCUGGUGAAAUGGUGGAUUACCUUCAACGAGCCGGGCCACACAGCCAGAUCAUAUACCACUAACUUCAUUAUUCUGCCAUUCUAUGAAUUACGCAAGCAAGGAGCCAAUUACUUGGCUAUAGACACAAUUCUAAAGGCACACGCCAGAGUGUAUCACAUGUAUGACAAGGAAUUCCGCCCCUGCCAGGGAGGUAAAGUGGGAAUAACAAUGCACAGCUAUUGGUACGAGCCACCAAAUGAUACAGAGGAGGCCCGUGAAGCCUGUUCAAUAGCGAUUCAGUUUGACCUUGGUAUCUUUACCCAUCCAAUAUUCAGCAAAACUGGAGACUACCCUGAAGUAGUGAAACGAAAGGUGGCUGCAGCAAGUCUGGCAGAGGGAUGGCGCAAGUCAAGACUUCCCGAGCUCUCGCAGGAGUGGAUUCGGAAGAUUAAGAAUACGGCAGAUUUCUUUGGCUUGAACCACUACACUACGUAUUAUGCUGAGCUGUCAGAAAAUUCUGACUGGUGGCUUCAUGAUUCCGGUGUUCAUUUGUCACAGGAUCCGAAAUGGCCUGCUGCUACUUCUUCAUGGCUGAGGAUAGCGCCCUGGGGUCUCAACAAAUUGCUGAACUGGAUCAAGAAUGAAUAUGACAAUCCACCUGUGAUGAUAACUGAGAAUGGCUUUUCUACAACUGGAGAAGAAGGGCUGCAUGACACACAAAGGAUCAACUAUUUCAUUAAAUAUCUGAAUGCAGUACUUGACUCAGUUGAUGAUGGAUGCAACAUCCUUGGCUACACAGUGUGGAGUGUUCUUGACAACUUUGAAUGGGCCAGGGGCUACAGUGAGAAAUUUGGUCUGUAUCAAGUUGACUUCAGUCAUCCACACAGAACACGGACACCAAGAGACUCAGCAAAACUGAUUAAGGAUAUAUGUCAUUCAAGAAAAAUAGUUGCAAUUUCAUCCAAGCAAUGACUCAGUUCUUCUUCAGUGUGUGUAUUGUCCAGAGGGACUUGCAAGCUGUGCUGUUAUUUCCACUAUAUAAUGAUCUCUGUAAGGAUGUGUAGGUAAUUUCACUUUUUUUUUCUUUAGUACAGAGUGGAAGAACUGAGUAUAUAGUAGGUAUUAUUGGAAAUGUCUUCUUAUUAAAAAAGAGCAACUACAUUUGUGCUUUUUCUUAUAAAGAUUCAGAAUUGCUUUUUUUUACAUGGUAAACCCAACAGUAUUUUCUCACCUUAUCCAGUUUUCGGCAGGCUUAAAGCAAAUUCACAUGUAUGUUUAUUUUUUAAAGACAACUACUCUCCAACAGAUGAAUGGGCACAUAAAAGCACAUAACAAGUCAAAAAACUGUUAAUUCUUGAGCUGUAUUAAUGAGCAUGUUCACAUUGUGGUAGGUUUAUUUCACCAGUCACCCCAGUAGCAGCAUCACUGUCUUCAACAACUGUUUCAGUACCUGUAUGUCCAUACCCUAACCCUCUUCUGACCCCUACCCCAGCAACUACUGUUUUUUUAACUAAGGAGUUUGGAAACAGUCCCUCCAGUAUAACCUUCAGAUUCACAAAUUUCUAGCUUAAACUUCUGUCUGCUAGUCCCAUCUAUGGUCACGGCCUUCCCAGUCUGUACUACCCUUCCCCUCUCCCUUAACCUUCCUUUACCCCUACUGUAAACUCUUGCAUAAGGUAGAUUUUCCAGCAUGAGUCCCACACGCUAUACUUACCAGCAUACGAAACUGGCUGACAUGUGAGUCCCACACGCUAUACUUACCAGCAUACGAAACUGGCUGACGUGUGGUGUAAGUAGUAUGUCCUCAUAGACUGGACACAAAGAAAAUGUUGUACAUAGCUAUAUGUCAGCUGGUGCAAGAUUGUCAUUGUAUCACUACUGCAUUUUCAAAUCUGCCAGGAAGUAUCCCUUGAGUCACUAAAACAUUAUGAAAAUAGUUCAAAGUUUGUCCUAUCACUUCAGCACAAGAGUUUAAUCCUGUAAGAGGCACUGGGAAUAUAUAUAUACCACUAUAAACAACUGGGAUGACCACAUAUAAUUGUUUUUCUCCUGAUUCACUGUUAUAAAUAUUUACCAGCCCAUACCUCACUGCAGACUUCAAAAUAUAUAGUAAACUGAGCAGGUUUAUUCAUUGCUAUUCCCAGAAUAUUUACAUAUUUCAUUGUUAUGCAGUAAAAAGUCUUUUGUCAUGUGAAGGGUUAUUACUCUACUAGAAAUACUGUCACAACCAGAUGAAUUGGCACUCUUUAACAAUAUAAUGGCUUUUCUUAUGGCAAAUAGGAUCACAAAAAUAAUGACAUGUUGAAGGGAGUCAUAUUUAAAAGAAUUAUAAACAUUCUCAAUAAGUGCAACCUAAUGUUUGAAAAUCAAAAUGGAUUCUUAAAAUGUAAAUCAACUAUCACAUCAGCUGCUCCAUUAACUGAAGCAGUAAUAUUUGGCAUCAAGAACAAGUAAGAUGUUGCAGGUACAUACUCAACCUUGAGACACCUUUUGACUGUGUGAAUGCUACUAUCCUAUUAGCUAAGCUAUGGGACAUUGACAUCAGAGGCACUGCUCAUGACCUAACAAAGUCUUACAUGAGCAACAAAAACAGUUUGUACUGCUUAAAAUUGAAAGUCGUGUCCACAGAUCUAAAAUCGCUAAUAUAAAAUAUUAAGUGCCCCAGGGCUUUGUAUAGGGUCCUGUUCUGUUUUUUAUUUAUGUAAAUAACAAAACAUUUCACUCAAUGUUCCAAAGUAGUUUUGUAUGCAGAUAAUAUGCCUAUUGUGUGUAAAAAGAAAUCAUUUAACAAACUACACACCCAUUGUAAUAAUGUGACAAAUGAAACUGUUCAAUACUUUAAUAAAGCCACACAAAUGUAAGCAACAGGAAAACAUGUUUCAUGGAGUUCAAUAAAAAUAGUUCCAAUGAUGAAAUUAAACUAUACACAGGCAAGAGUUGAGUGUAAAAUUCAUUGGCUUAACAAUUCAAAGCAACCUACAAGGGGACACGUGUUGACACUCUGUCAUUUAAGUUAUCUAAGAAUAUAUUUGCAGUUAAUAUAAUUAGCAAGUUCUGCAAAGAGACUGUUGUCCUAAAGACUUGAUACCAUGAUUUCUUUUCCUCUCACCAGAAUUAUGGAAUAGAAAUUUGGGGAGCAACAACCAAAGCAAAUCUAAAUAAGUUAUUGCUACUUCAAAACAGGGUUGUAAGAAACAUGUGCAUAGUGAAAUAUAAGGGAUCAUGCCAUGACUUGUUUCCAAAAACUAUUGUGCUAACUGUAGUAAACAAGUACAUUCUAAAAGCCAUAUUACUUGUUAAAAGACAGCAGCCCAACAUUUGUUCUGAUUUGCAUCAGUAAAAUUGCAGAAAUAAAGAAAAAAUUUCAUAAGCAGCCACAGAACAGAACUCUAUGAAAUGGAUCCACAAUAUGCAGGUUUAGAAUUAGCAAAUGCACUGCCCAGUACAGUAAUGACCCUUCCCACAAUGAAGCUUAAAUUUCAGCUGAAGAAACUCCUUUUACAAAUUCCCUUUUACCACAUCAGAAGAAUAUCAUCCUUUCAUGCAAAAUUAGAAAUGCUUUCAAAAAAUAUGUUAAUAGUGUUAAGCAAACCAUUUUAUUUUUUGUAAUCUAAUCAUUUUGUUAAUCAAUGACAUAUUCAGAAGAAUGUAUUAUUGUAUUAUGUGUCAAGAAUUCUAAUCUGUAUUUGUACAUAACCAAUGAAUCAUAUGAUGUUAAAUAAAGUAUUAUUAUUAUUUCUUUCCUUUCUCAGAUGUUACAUCUGGUUAAAAAUGGAAAGUGACGCACACCUUGAUCAAGCGUGACUUCCUUUUAACUGUACGGUAUAUGUUACAUUGCAUUUAGGAACUUUCGGAUAAUUGAACAUGUGUCAAUAAUUACAGAUUUCUGUAGUCGUAUAUAUAAGUUUGGAUGUAGUUGUAUUACAUUGAUGUACUGGUGGAUAUUGUGUGGUAUGACUCCUGUAGUUGAUAGUAUAAUUGGUAUAAUGUCAACUUUAUCCUGAUGCCACAUGUCCUUGACUUCCUCAGCCAGUUGGAUGUAUUUUUUCAAUUUUUUCUCCUGUUUUCUUUUGUAUAUUUGUUGUAUUGGGUAUGGAUAUUUCGAUUAGUUGUGUUAAUUUCUUCUUUUUGUUGGUGAGUAUGAUGUCAGGUUUGUUAUGUGGUGUUGUUUUAUUUGUUAUAAUGGUUCUGUUCCAGUAUAAUUUGUAUUCAUCAUUCUCCAGUACAUUUUCUGGUGCAUACUUGUAUGUGGGAAUGUGUUGUUUUAUAAGUUUAUGUUGUAAGGCAAGCUGUUGAUGUAUUAUUUUUGCUACAUUGUCAUGUCUUCUGGGGUAUUCUGUAUUUGCUAGUAUUGUACAUCUGCUUGAGAUUAUUAUUAUUACUGAACUUAAAAAGGAUCCCAUAGCACAUUAUAUUCUUAACUAUGAAAACAGUUGAAGUAAAAACAUAACUAAUGAGCUCAAAGAGGAUUCCAAAAUCCAUGGUACACUACCACCCCACAGUGUAAGAUCACUUAGUUGACCAGUGAGAUGAUGCCAGGAGAACUUCAUGAUGAGACAGUAACAGGUCAGGAAGCCUGAUACUUGGAAGGAUGAUGAUGAUGAUCUCUGUAUGACUUUCACAGUUACAAAAAAUUAUCUGUUGUGUAAACAGUCCCUCUGUGUGUAAAUCUACUGUAUCCAUCUAUGAGAGUUAAUUAGAAAGUACUGAAGAGGAAUUAAUCAUUGGUUUUAUCUUUAUUUACUUCAGUGUAUCAUCAGUAGUUCCACUGUUAACACAUGUGAACUAAAAUUCUUUUUCAUGAAUGUUACAUCUGUCUUGUUUAACAAUAUUAUAAUGUGGACUGUUUUUGUUACCACUGUAUAGUACAUGUCUUGCUUGUUUUGUAAUACAGACGCUGGUAAUGAAAAUGCGAUCCUUGGCUACAGUCUGUCAUCAGAAUUAGAUGGUCUCUCUUCCUUGUAAAUGUCAACUUUAUUCACUUGUCUAUACUUCUGUUUAUUUUUACAUUUAUAUAUU